AUGGCCACCACACAAUCUGGAAAAGGCACCAAGACGGUGUUCACUCUGAACACUGGUGACAAAAUGCCCGGUGUGGGUUUGGGCACCUGGCAAUCCAAGCCCAACGAAGUCCGCGAGGCCGUCAAGAACGCUCUCCUCGCUGGCUACCGUCACAUUGACACCGCCCUUGCGUACGGUAAUGAAUCGGAAGUCGGUCAAGGCAUCAAGGACUCUGGCGUCCCCCGGAGCGAGAUCUGGAUCACCACGAAACUAGACAACCCAUGGCACAAGCGCGUGCCCGAGGGCAUUGACUCGUCGCUGAAGAGCUUGGACACUGAUUAUGUCGACCUAUACCUGAUGCAUUGGCCCAGUUCGACUGUACCAGAGGAUUUGAAAAAGCAUUACGAUGACUGGAACUUCAUCGAUACUUGGCGCGAGAUGCAAAAGCUCGUUGGUACCGGCAAGGUCCGAAACAUCGGCGUAUCCAACUUUGUCAUUUCCAACCUGGAGAAGCUGCUCAACGACCCAUCCUGCAAGAUUGUCCCGGCUGUCAACCAGAUCGAGGUGCACCCCAACAUGCCCUCACCAAAGACCCUGCAAUACUGCAAAGAGAAGGGAAUCCACGUCACCGCAUACUCCUGCCUGGGAUCGACCGAUUCACCCCUCGCCCACGACAAGACUCUGCAGUCCAUCGCGGAGGCGAAGGGAAAGACCCCUCAGCAAGUACUCUUGAUGUGGGGUCUGCAGCGUGGAACCUCUGUCAUUCCCAAGUCCGUCACCAAGUCCCGGAUUGAAGCCAACUUCCAACUGGACGGUUGGGAGUUGACUGAAGAUGAGAUACAGAAGAUCAGCAGUAUCCCAGACCGAUUCAAGGUUUGUGGCGACGCUUGGUUGCCGGUGAAGGUCUUCUUCAAUGAGGAGGGUGAUGGCGGUGACGUCCCAUCUCAUUAA